CGAGCGAGCGAGCGGCCCGGGCUGGCAGCGCGGAGCCCGCACGGGAGGGAGCCGCUCACCUGGGCCGAGCCGGCACCGCCAUGCGGGGGAGGGCGCCGCCCGGCAGCAGCGGGGGCCCGGCCGCCUGAGUCCGGGGAGCCAGCGCGGGAGAGCGGAGCCGGCGGCGCUUCCUUCCUUCCCUCCCCCCCCUCAUGGCAGCGACAGGCGGCGGCGGGUGAAGCGGGGGCCGCGGCUCGGGUCUCGGAGGGAGCGGUCGGCAGGGCCGGGCCGGGCCGGGCAUGGCGGGGGUCAGCUACUCGCCGCCCUGGUGGGUGAGUCUCCUGCACCGCCUGCCGCACUUCAGCCUGCGCUGGGAGGCCGCCAGCGCCGACUUCCGCCCGGAGGACGCCGAGUACCAGCAGGCUUUGUUGCUGUUUGGUGGUGUUGCCCUGUCCUGCCUUGCUCUGGAUCUCCUCUUCCUCCUGUUCUACUCAUUCUGGCUGUGCUGCCGCCAUCGAAAAAGUGAAGAGCACUUAAAUGCGGAUUGCUGCUGCACUGCUUGGUGUGUUAUCAUAGCGACCCUUGUCUGCAGCGCUGGCAUCGCUGUUGGCUUCUAUGGAAAUGGGGAGACCAGUGACGGCAUCCACCGGUUGACAUACUCACUGCGACAUGCAAACCGCACAGUGGCUGGGGUCCAAGACCGGGUGUUAGACACUGCAGUGGCCCUGAACCAAACCUUAGAGCCGAACCUGCUGAUCCUUGAGGAGAUGUUCAUGAAACGGACUGAUUACCUGCACAUCAUCCAGAAACUCCAGGGCCUCUUGGAUGAUUUGGUUAGGCAAACAACAGAGAUCCCUUUCUGGAAGAAUGAGGAACUGUCAUUAGAGGAACUGGCUGUUCAGAUUGAUCUAUAUGACUGGUACAGGUGGCUGGGAUACCUGGGCCUACUUCUAUUCCAUGUACUGAUCUGUUUGCUGGUGCUCUUUGGACUAAUUAGAAAUUCCAAGGCCAUUCUCAUUGGGGUGUGUCUUCUAGGGGUGCUUGCUCUAAUUGUCAGUUGGGGAUCCUUGGGUCUGGAGCUGGCUGUUUCAGUGGGCUCCAGUGACUUCUGUGUUAACCCUGAUGCCUACAUCUCUAAAAUAGUGGAGGAUCAUGCAGUGCUCAGUACUGAUACUCUGCGCUAUUACCUUGCCUGUAAUGCUGGAUAUCCAAACCCCUUUCAGCAGAAGCUGUCAGGAAGUCACAAAGCCCUGGUGGAAAUGCAGGAUGAUGUGUUGGAGCUGCUCAGGUCAGCCAUCAGAGAGUACCCCACCUCCAAGGAGUACCUUACUCGGAUACAGGAGGUUCUAAACUCCACCGAGAUCAAUUUGCAGCACCUGACUGCACUGGUAGACUGUCGUAGUCUUCAUUUGGAUUACGUCCAGGCUCUGACAGGCUUCUGCUAUGAUGGAGUGGAAGGGCUCAUUUACCUGGUUCUCUUCUCCUUUGUCACGGCUCUCAUGUUCAGUUCCAUUGUGUGCAGCAUCCCGCACACUUGGCAGCAAAAAAGGAGCUCAAAUGAUGAUGGGGAGGAGGAAUCUGCUGCGCAAGGGAACAGACAAACCCACGAUAAUCUGUACAGGGUGCACAUGCCCAGCCUCUAUAGCUGUGGGAGUAGCUAUGGCAGUGAGACCAGCAUUCCAGCGGCAGCGCAUACAGUCAGCAAUGCUCCUGUCACGGAGUACAUGAGCCAGAAUGCAAACUUCCAGAAUCCCCGCUGUGAGAACACGCCUCUGAUUGGCCGGGAGUCUCCACCUCCCUCAUACACCUCCAGCAUGAGAGCCAAAUACCUCGCUACCAACCAACCUCGCCCAGACUCUGACAGUGUGCAUUAAAAACAUAACGCAGACGUGGUAAAACUAAACAAAUGUGCCAACUGCUGCUACCCUGUGCUGUCCGUGUAGAACAACCCUGCUUUCCUGUCCCAAACCCAGUGCAACUCCUGCUUCUCCAAUACAGACAACCUCUCCAACCUGGUACCUGUGUAUUGCCAAUCUGAAUGGAAGCCCCUUUCAAAUUAAACCUAUACCUAGUUGUACCUGGAGAGAGAACAAGCACCUGCACAAGAUCACCAGUUUGUCUGGGAUUCACCUACUUGGGACCAGCUUUGUCAACAGUCUAUCAGGAAACAUUUGCAAAUAUUUUUACUUCUGUCUCCCCUACCCUCUCCCAUUCCACAGAGGAAAUGGGUGGAAAAAUGUUGCAGAUCUUCAGUUCUGUGUGGUGAUCCAGCGGAGCUACUCAGUCUGCAGGGCACUGAAGAAGCAGAGGCUCUGAGCCCAUGGCUAUACUGUACAGAUCAGGAAAGCCAUACCAAUGUACACUCUUAAUUCGUGUGCACCUAGUCUUCUUGCCUGAUACCUUGUGCGGAGGCCCUCAUCCUGUGUCACUGAAUACCUACUUUUAGCUGGGCUCCACUCUCGCCUCUGGUGACUUUAAAUAAGCUUUUUCUUUCCUCUUUAUAACCAGCUUUUGCAUUCUUGAGGAGUAGGUGGUUUUCAGCACCAGCCAGCUGUCCCAGAUGCACCCCUGCCUGCCCAUUGCUGUGAGCCUGACCUUUCUGCUCCAUCAGGGAAGCCCCUGUACUCACAUGGCAUUCUGGGUGCUGCUUUUGUGAGACUGGGUGCACACAGAACACACAGGAGCCAGCAAUUCACUUGGUGCCAAAUUUUUCCGGGAAAAGACUUGCAAGACUUAGGGUUUUUUGCACUAAAUAGUUUCAAAUCUCUAGCCUGGCACUAGGUCUCAUGGGACAGUCAACUUGCGAGAGCAAGAGAGAUGAUAAGCUCCAGUGAACAUAUAGCAAAUGCAAGGAGUUAUUGUGACGGAUUGCUGGACUCUUCCGUUAAUGUUUGGAGUAGAAAAGUCAAGUCUCGAGGCAUUGGCUUUAGAGGAGGAUCCCAGGGCCUCAGCCCAAAGCUUGUCAUAAGAGCAGCAAGGUUGCUGCUUCCUUGGUUCUGCGCUCCAGGAUCAAAAAACAAGAGUCUUAAAACGUGAAUGUUGGGGGCGGGGGGAGGUGUUGGGUUUUUGUGGGUUUUUUUUUCCCCUGGUCAUAACUGCUAACCACUAACUGCCAUACACAAGGCACAUGUGAAUAAACUCCUAGUAUCUCCUAGCACACUGUGCGUGGGCCACGGUGCAAUGGAGUGUCCCUGCAGGGGGCAGCAUCCUACUUUCUGUUGAAGAAUGGUGCUCUACAGGACAUAAACCACUUUUUACUAGCAAAGACUCCAACGCGCAGCCGUGCGAUAAAUGGAUAUGAACUUUGUACUCAAGUCGGUAAAAGAAUCGUCCUUUUGAAUUUUCCCUUUCUGUGCAAGCUGUCUUAACCUAGUUGCUUAGGGAGGCUUAAGCAAGAAACAGAAGUAAAGUACAAAAUCUCAUUCAUCGUAGGUGGGCCACGGGACAAACGUGGUUCAAAUCUAGCACCAUAAUAUCUGGAAUGCAUCAAAGGAGAACUCAUUUCUCGUCUUUUAGUUUGCUCUGUAUAGUGAAUGUCCAUAAUGUGGACCAGUCAGCCUAGCAAUCUGCCUUUGCUCUGGACGAUGAUGUCAGACUUCUCCAGAUCUUGUCCUUUUCCCUUUACUAGGGGUGAGUUAUCACCACUCUGGGAACAUUUUGUAUAUUCCACGGAUGAUUAACUAGGAUGCCAAUACUUCCUCUGGGGGAGUUGCAUACUCCAAGAAAAGGGAUAUUUUGAGACAUCUCAAGGAGAUAGAUAGAAGCCACUAAUGGAGUAGCCUCCAACCUUUGGAGGAAGGGGGAAGAAAGAAGGAAGAAAAGUAGCACACUGACCAGCUUUUCUGGGAGAGGAGGUCUCAGGGUAAACGCUAGUUAUGUUCCAUCACAGAUCCCUUAAAGCCUGGUGUGAGAGCUGCAUGUGCAUGGUGGGUGGCAUGCAAGCAUGUGGCACUGCUGGCUUACAAGCCUCUGGACAGUUGGAUGCUCACAGCAGCUGGUAUGACUGAGUGGGGAAAACUGAAACCACACUUCAUCAUUUUAGAGAGAAACAAAUCCCUGUUUUUCCCCUAGUCGAUUGGACUGUUUCCCAUGUUGUCUGUCAGCUAGAGGCAGCCCAGACUCAAAUACUUCAGGCUCUUAGAUUUAGAAGAACCACCCGAAAAUCUGCUGCAUGCCUCUCAGUAGCAUGGCCUUAGUCCUGUAAGGUAAGUGUUGGAAGAGCAUAAAGCAGGAAAUAAACUUCAAACAGGUGCAUCUGUUGGCAGCUUUUGCUGUACAAAGAACACAUGGGUUUUCCCACUGGGCCUUAGGAGAAGUCAGGUGCAGCAUGCCAGAGCCAGAAGUGCCAAUACUGGUAAUAACAAAGAGCCAAUACCUUUCAGUGCAGAAUCCAGGCUGGAAACUGCCUUAGCUUGCUUCCUUCCCAGGCUUAGCUUAAUCGGUUGUACUGUCCAGAACAAAUUCUAACAGGGCUCAAAGGCUAUAGCCAGUUGCUGAUUGGAGGUCUGUGCUCUGUGACUUUAAAGUGUAUUAAGGAAGAACUCUGUGGGACACUGUGUGCUCUCUACAUGGCCAGCAGAACAAGACUGCAGUGUGCUCUGUGUACUGUGUGGUUCCACCCAGGACUUCCUUUAAUUGACAUGGAUUUUGCAUUUUUGUAAAGAGUCACAGAGCCCUGCUGUCCCACUGCAUGUGAUGCAGGGACCUCUCUAUUUUAACACAUUUCUAUUUAUUUUUUUAUAUGCGUCAUUGGGCAACAGUGUGGCACUUCUAGGGGUUGGUCCAAAUGGAUCUGCUGCAGAGCCAGUAGCAUGUGCUCAUUAGUAUGGGUGUGAAGUGAUUGCUGUAGUCUAAGUGACCAGUCUCUGGUAUAGUCUGUGUGCAAACCAUGAACACAUGUGGGCACAGCAUGGCCAAGAAGUAGACAUCUCAAAAUUCAAGAUCUCCCAGAGUCUCUCCCCUCCCCCACCCCCCAUAGGUGAACAGCAGGAGCUUACUGGCAAAGAGUAAUCUGUUGUAAGUGGCCCUACUGGUUAUGGGAGUCUGAUACAGUGAGUAUAAAAAAAAGAAAAUGGAGUGUCUUUUUUUUCUUCUUCUGUAAUUUGUAUUGCAUUUUAAUGUGGGACUUGUCCCAGCUGACUUCUCAACAGCACACAAUCAUCUCAGAACCAAGCCACAUGAUUGCUUAUUAGUACAUGGCUCCAAAAUUCAGGGGAACUGAGAGACUCUGAUCUCCGGGCACCUUGCUGACAGCAAAACAGGAGGCAGCUCCUGUGUGGUUAGAAAGGUGACAGCAGCAAAGACUUACGUUUUUUAGUGCAAACCGUCAUCGGCUUGUCUGGUUUGUUUGCUUUCUUUCCACUCCAUCGUCAUGUACAAACGAUGUUUUGAUUUUGGAACUGAGACCUUUCUAGCACACCAACAUCUCCACAAUGUGAAAUGUAAAUAGCAUGUUGGACUCUUGUGUCCAGUGUUCAGAACUGCAUUGUAAUUGUAAAGGAAAUCGAAUCAAGACUUGGCUGUGAAUUUCUUGUGCUGUCUUGGGAAUAUAACUGUAGUGUUUGUAUCCUGUAUGUAAUAUUAACUGAAUUCAUUUUACUUGCUGAUAAAAGGGUUCAAAUGGAGAUCGCAGCAUCCAUCAUGUGACCAAACCUGACCGGGGGAGGGGAUUUGAUUACCCCCAUCCUCUUUGAGUUCUCCCCAUUAUUAAUUAGGUAUCAUUAAUUUGUAUAGCCAGCUCUGUGGGCACAGGGGGGUGUCCAUUUAAGUGCUUUGAACUGGCUGAUUUGCAUGAGGGGAGUUUUUGGAAUGGCCCCAGAGGUGGGGUCACACACAAGUUGCCCUUAGAAUGUGUAAUGUUCAUGUGCACAGCUCAGGCUUUCCCGGAAAGAACAGCUUCCAGGGGCCGGCCUUGUGCUCUGCUCAUUAUUCUUGGCACCGUGAUGUGGGUAGCAGAUGUAGGCACUUGCUCAGCAGAAUGGUGUCCAUGGUACAAAUGUUUAUAUAGAUAAAACCCAUCUUUGACUCCUAGAUCCGGUUUCUUUCUCUCCCCAGGGACAGCCAAGGCUUGAGGUCAGUGAAGAGACAGCACACUGCCCCUUAGGAGGGAGAAACGGGAGCUCAUCACUCUGCUGACCGGGCCCCUUAAAGCUGAUUUAAGGGUAGGUGGGUUCCCAUCCUCUGUCAGAAGGGUGAUGGUUACAUGGCAGGACCUGGGGAGCAGAGGGAUGAAUGAAGCAAGGAAAUGGAGAUCCUCAUGGUGCCUAAAGGGACAGUGUAGCUUUGGGGGAGAAGGGAACUCUCCUCCUUGUGGCCUUUUCUUUCCUUGCAUUGCAAGGUCCUUCAUUACCAGGCAAGAUACACCUGGAUAGUAUUGGCGCAUCAUGCAGGAAGACAUUGGCUCCACAACCAGGAACUCCAGGAUCUGUUCCCUGAAUGUGGCCAGAAAUCCAAAAGGAACUGAGAGAGAGAGUGCAUAUUGGCUAUCCUAGCACUCCUUCCCUCUAGCCUUUUUCCUGGGUGGUGUAUUUCUGCCGGAGCAGCCUGGAAGAGCUGGGACUGUGGGUGGGAGGCACUAGCACUGUGGACUCUCUAUUCCAGAGAGAGUGAAAGGCUCCUUGCUAGAGGCAGCCUGCAGCCAGGAGUAUUGAGGGAAGCCAGGCAUCCACUCACUUGCACUGUGCCAAGAAGCCCCACUCUCCCACAACUGUGCAAACAGAGUCAGGUGGAACAUUCCCCCACCAAUCACUAGGACAGACUCUGCUGCUCCUCAAGAAAGAGGACUUGGCAGGGCACCCUGCCCUGGCCCUGCAUUUCACCCAAGAUGAUUCACCUUGCACUCCCAGUCUCUCCCGCUUUAACUAGAGGCUGACGUCGGGGAGUGACCUAUGCACUGUUGGUGUGGUAGCAUCAGGAGGCAGAAAAUUCUAAAUGCUCUCAGUUCCUAACCUGAGCGUGGGCCGACCUUCCAAACAGAUGAGUAGAGCCUCCUGCUGCCCCUCAGCUAUCAGUGUGUGGCUCCACCAAGUGUGGAGAAGGAGAGUUGCCCAGUGAUUAAAGCACAGGACUGGGAGCUGGGACUUGUCGCUCUUAUUCCGGACUGCUGCUUGUUUGCUAUGUGACUUUGUGGGCAAACACUUUGUGUCUCUGUGCCUCAGCUUCCCCUUGUAAAAAUGGGGGAUACCCACCGGUGGGGAGGGUUGGGGAUCAUUGACAGGAGGCAUGAGUUAAUCAUUUAU